CUCGAUAUGGUAGCAAGAUGCCCGAGAACGGAUGUUGUACGAGAGGUAUAUGUGGGCUUCAACCUGCUGAGAUGAUUGCACUUUCACCUCCUCAGAUCCCCCAGCGUCCACAAUGGAUCGCCUACUGCUCAUUUCCAUCUUCCUCGCCCUGUUUAUGCACACCGUGUUUCGGACCUACGAACCUUCUGCGAUGACAGUGGUGGUCACCAGCACCGUGUUCUAUUUAGCCGUCAUCACUCAUGCAGUUUGGCGAGAGGGGUGCACGCUCAUCCCGGCAUGUCUGCGCGCCUCGAUCCUCAACACGGCGUAUCUCGCGACGCUGACGUUGUCUAUCGCCCUCUAUCGACUUUCGCCCCUCCAUCCCCUCGCUGCCUUCCCCGGUCCACGACAUGCUGCGCAGACGAAGUGGUGGAUGGUCCACCGCAUCCUGCUCAAGGGCGGUCGUCAUCAGGAGCUGCAGUCAUGUCAUCGUCGGUACGGGCCCUGGGUCAGAAUUGGUCCCAACGAGCUGUCCAUAAACGACCCAGCCGCCAUCGCGCCCAUCUACACGAAACUUGACCGCUCGAACUUCCACAAGGGUGCGCCUGCCAAAGGUGACACGAUGAUCACCGUCACCGACCGCCAGCGCCACCUAGAACGGCGCCGGACGUGGACACAGGCAUUGUCUGCAAGAGCGCUAGAGACGUAUGGAACGUAUGCUCAGAUGCGCGUCUUCCAACUUCUGAACCAUAUGGACUUGGAUCGACGUGCCGGGCGCACGCCUGUUAACGUCGACCGCUGGGUUAACCUAUUCUUCAUGGAUCUUGCUGGUGAUAUAGGCUUCUCUGGUGGCUUUGAGACCAUGCGAGAUGGAUACGACAAGGAGGGUUGGAUGGAGAUGCUUGGAAUGGGUGUUCGCUUCGUCAGUUCCAUGGGACAAGUGCCCUGGAUGCGCGACAUAUUCCAGCUUUUUCCACAGCGCGGCCCUAUCGAGACAUUCCAUGCCUUUGUCGAAGCAAAGGUCAAGCAGAUCAGGGAAGAGACAGCGAAGACAACACGCGUUGAUAUCAUGGGCACGCUCCUCGAUGACGCAUCUGGGGCGGCGUCCCUGUCCAACGACGAAGCGGUGGCGGACGCGGGCCUCAUUAUAGUCGGUGCCACGGACACAAGCGUGCAGACCGUGCUCACGACCCUCCGCUACCUUGCGACGGAUCCCUACCGCCAACGCAAGCUUCAUCAUGAGAUCGACGCAGUGUUUGGCAUGGACCACAGGGACAAGGUCUCAGUCGACAUCUCUGAGCUUGCACGGCUACCUUACCUCAAUGCGUGCAUCAACGAGUCUUUUCGUAUACUCCCACCCGGACCCUUCGGACCGCCGCGCACGACCGGAAAAGAGGGCGCGCUCAUCCUUGGUCGUUGGAUCCCGCCAAACACUACCGUGCAUGUCCCCGUGUACACCAUGCACCGGGACCCCGCGAACUUCGGCCCUCUCGCAGACGUGUUCAUUCCCGAGCGGUGGCUAUCCGAAGCAGAGCAGGUGGAAAUGAUAUCAGCUACGAAAGAUCCCCAACUCACACUGGCCGCUCUGAGCCCAUGCAAUCGCCAGGCAUUCAUGCCAUUCAGUGCUGGGUACGCGAACUGCGUCGGUCGUGCGCUCGGGCUCCAGAACGUAAAAUUGACCGUCGCAGCUAUCGUCCAUCACUGGACGAUAGCGCCGGAAAGCGGGUUCGAUGCGGCCAAGUAUGACGCUUCUUUCAAGGAAUAUGGACUUUGGACCCAUGACACUCUGCGCCUUGAUCUUAUUCCCAGAGCAGCGCCUCGACAGGUUCCAGAUGGUCACGGUCCUUGAGCAUCGAUACUGCACAGGCAUCGCUUUUGGCCUCCGAUAUGAUUCUCCCCCUCGAAAGACUGCAGAUGUAUGUGACUGGAAUAGAUAUUUAUUGCUCAAGAGAGGAUAAUGAUAUGGCCUC